CUACGUGGGCACCAGCCCCCGCGCCCGCCCUGCGGUCCAGUCCCAGCGCCCGCGCAGAACCAACUGUCUGAGCUGCCCUGGCGGCGGAGGAGCCGCGAGCCGGCUUCACCGAGCUGGAGGAGGCACAGGCCUGUCAGGGGUCCCGGCAGGUCAGUGUGAAGGUGGGCGCUGCCUGCGGACCCAGGGAAAUGGUGGAGUGCUGGAAAUGGGGGUGGGGGGAGCGACCCCUCAGUGCGACAGUGAAACGUAGAUAUUCUGGAAGUAACCCCCUCUCACAAUCUGCCCCCGUGGACACAUCUGACCUCCGCAAAAGCAGUGUGGCGCUGGGACAGGUCUGUGCGUCUGUUGUUCCCAGCACUCUGCAAGGACUGAAAAGGAGGAGCAACCUGUCCAGAAUCCCCGCAGGACAGGAAAAGGAGAAAUCUUGACAUGGAAAAACCCUACAAUAAGAAUGAAGGAAACCUGGAAAACGAGGGAAAGCCAAAAGAUGAAGUAGAGCCUGAUGAUGAAGGAAAGUCAGACGAGGAAGAAAAGCCGGACGUGGAGGGGAAGACAGAAUGCGAGGGAAAGCGAGAGGAUGAGGGAGAGCCAGGUGAUGAGGGACAACUGGAAGAUGAGGGAAGCCAGGAAAAGCAGGGCAAGUCCAAAGGUGAGGGCAAGACACAAGGCGAGGGCAAGCCAGCCUCCCAGGCAAAGCCAGAGAGUCAGCCGCGGGCCGCGGAAAAGCGCCCGGCUGAAGAUUAUGUGCCCCGGAAAGCAAAAAGAAAAACGGACAGGGGGACCGAAGAUUCCCCUAAGGACUCUCAGGAGGACUUACAGGGAAGGCAUCUGAGCAGUGAGGAGAUGAUGAGAGAAUGUGGAGAUGUGUCAAGGGCUCAGGAGGAGCUAAGGAAGAAACAGAAAAUGGGUGGUUUUCAUUGGAUGCAAAGAGAUGUACAGGAUCUGUUCGCCCCAAGGGGCCAACGGGGCGUCAGGGGAAUGAGGGGUGGAGGUAGGGGCCAGAGGGGCUUACACGAUAUCUCAUACCUUUAACGUCUUUGGCCUUCCAUUCUGACUUCUCUGAUGAGAAUAUUGCUGGCCCUGCUUUCCCUAGUAGGUAUUUGCCAGGCCCUGUGCUUUAACCUUAAGCUGAUAUUUUGCUUUAGAUGUCAAUCUUGUUACCAGCAGCCUUUUGACCCAACUACAGCGCUCUAUAUUUUAGUAGAGGAUUUUCACCCAUGUGCAUGGAAAAAAUGUUCGUGACACAUUGUAAAAUAAAUAACUAAAAGAGCAAACAGUUUGCAGAACCGCA